AUGAUCCGUCACUCUCCCACUGUGAACAGGAAAAGCGCGCGUCAUCACAUCAGGGAACUCUCGCCGGUGCACGGCCCAGCUAAAAUUCAAUCGGCUCUAACUGAUUUCUUGGCCUCGCACAAUAUCUCGGCAAAUCAGAUUCGUCUUGAAGCAGAUGCACGACGAAGAGCAGCAGAAGAGGAGAAUGGCGCUAGCUCCUCUGACCAGCAGCAGGCUGCGGAAGAUGAAGUGGGAGAGUCAUCUACGGUCACAACCUCUGUCACCGUCACAACCAGGACAUCCCGACGGCAGAAGGACCAAAAGGUCAUUGACAAAAUCAAAGCCAGCAAAAAUUAUCAGAAACGAAAACGGAACGCAAACGGGGAUGACGAAGAUGACGAUUUGCUCGACACUCUGCUUCAGGAGCGCGCUCCUCUACCGGGCCAGAUGGACAACUGCGCUAACUGCGGGAAGAGGUUCACUGUCACGGCAUACUCGCGCAACCAUCCCGACGGAGGACUGUUGUGUGGUCCCUGUGGAAAGGAAAUGGACAAGGAUGCACCACCGAAGAAAAAGCCUGCCAAGCGUGCUGCUGCCGGUCCAGUAGGAAGGCGUCGACAGAUCCAGAGCAAAAUCCUGGACGGCACAUUUCAACUUGGAGCCAAGAGCCUGAUGACGCUCUGCAUCGAGACUCUGGCCAAGAACAUCGACCUGGCCGAGGAUCUAGGUGAUCUCCCUCAGCAAGUCAUCGACAAAAUCGCCCGGAAGCUAUCGAAGCAUAGACUUCUGAAUUCCACAACACUCAGUCUGUUUUUGCAACCAACAACUGAUGAGGUCUGCAUCUACGAUGGUGCCAAGCUAUCCGCCGACGACUACAUUCGUAUUUUCCAGACAGUACCAGGGCUGAAGAAGUUGAAAGCACGAAACGCUAUCCACUUCAAAGACGAAGUUAUGGACUUCCUUAUCUCUCGUAAGACAGAACUUGAGGACCUUUACCUUCACGGCUCCAACCUCAUUGACGAAGAGAAAUGGCUCGAGUUUCUCGGAAAGAAGGGAAAAUCCCUACAAUCUCUCCGUGUCUACUGGACAGACAAACACUUUGGCGACUCCGCCCUGGAAGCUCUCCCCUCAUCAUGUCCCUCUUUGGUCCGCCUCAAAGCGUGCCAUAACCAGAAGAUCACCGGCGAAGGCAUAAAGCACCUCGCCCAGCUCAAGCACCUCAAGCACAUCAGUAUCGAUCUGCGAAAUCACGUCCAUUCUGAUGUCUACGUCAGCGUUCUCUCCUCCAUCGGUAAAAAUCUGGAGACAUUCUCUAUCACACGCGAGAUCGAUCUCAACAACACCGUCUUGGAUGCUAUACACAACCACUGCCGCUCGUUGCAGAAACUGCGUAUUACCGACAGCGAGGUCAUGACAGACGAAGGCUUUGCCCGUCUCUUUACCAACUGGGAGAACAAGUCCUUACAGUUUGUCGACCUGCAAAAGUGUCGACAGGUUGAUUCGGCAAACCCGCGCCAGAACCCGGACAAGAUCGGCUUGUGCGACAAAGGCUUCAAGGCAUUGAUGGCGCAUUCCAGAAGGAAGAUUGAGCAUCUGAAUGUGCACGGGUGCAGACACAUCUCAGCAAAAGCCUUUGAGGAGGUGUUUCCCUCGAAUGGUAAGAAGGUCUAUCCAGAGUUGAAGAAGCUGGAGAUCAGCUUCUGCGAGGAAGUGUCGGAUUUCAUUGUUGGCAGUAUUUUCAAGUGCUGCCCCAAUAUCCAUGAGCUGAAUGUUUUCGGCUGCAUGAAUGUGAAGAGUGUGAGGGUACCCAAGGGAAAAAUUCUUGUGGGAGUACCGAAUGCGCUGGGAAUGGUUAUCGAGGGUAUCGAUGAUAUCGAGGUGUGA